GAUGAACAUGAUGGUGUGGGGCAGGGGCUGCUGGUUCUCCAACCCAGACAGUCUGUACUCAAUGCUGCCCAAUGUCCUCCAUGUGGUCCUGAGUACCACUCUGAAGUAAGCCGAUAGUCACACUAGGCCUACUACCAAUCACACACAGUCCACAACCUAACACAAUGUUUUUAAACUUCAAUGAGUGGUAUUCAAAGUUCAUCAUGUAAAUCACUUCAGUAGAUCAUUUAGCCUAAUGACAACAGAGUCAAAGAUAGUCAAUGUAGAUUUAGAAAUGAUUGGUUAUUUUGGGUGUCACUCACUCCUCCCAGCACUGUCCCGGAGCAUGCCCACUUCCUCUGUCAGGAUUUUGACAGUGGUGUCGGCCUCCAUGCAACCCCUCUGUGACCUGGUGGAGACCAUUUGGGUGGUGGGUGGCCCACAGGUCUAUCAGGUAACUGUUGUGUCUCAUUAUGGGUGGUCGAAGUUUGUGGUACAGUAUGAUCUGGGACCUUAUUCAUAAAACCUCUCAGAGUAAGAAUCCUGAUCUAGGAUCAGUUUUUCAUUUUAGACCAUAAUGAAUAACAUUACAUGGAUAGGGGGGAACCUGAUCUUAGAUCAGCACUACUCUGAGAUGCUUAAUUAAAAUGGGCCCAGGACUUUACAUCCAAUAUGUGGGUUAGGAAUUUUAAGUGGAUCAAAAUUGAUUAAGUUGUUCAUUAUACUAGGACAGUCCAUCCACUAAAUUAGCUCAUUACCUUUCCCUUGUCAUCAGGAGGCCUGAUGCAUCCCUGGUGUGACCUUGUCUACCUCGCUGACAUCAUGGCUGACUUCCACUGUGAUGUCUUUUUCCCGCAGUUUGACCAAAGCAUUUUUAGAAAACAAGAGAUAUAAGGAAGCAUAUUUUAUUCUCUGCUCUCCUGGCUCUAAGCAGUGCAGCACUGUUUGCUUACACUUUGGACUGUUUUGAUAAGCUAUAUUCUCUGUUCUGAUUUACCAGGUCCACUCCACACAUGUCAGGUCAAGUGUUAGAAAGCUUGUUGUGUCAUCAUCAAUCUGUCUAAGUUGUCCCUUUGUUUCCCUUAACCUCAAACUAGGUUUCCUGGAGUACCAAAUGAGAUUCAAGAGGAGAAUGGGGUUACAUUUAAAUUUGACGUUUUCAAGAGGGAGAUCUGUGGAGCUGAA